GAGGCGCCGCCCGCCUGCUCGCCUAUAUAGCGGGCGGGCCGCGCGCGCCGAUCAGCUCAGUCAGCCGCCGACGGCAGCGACGCAUGCGCACGGGUGCCAGCGACGUCAACCGACGACCCAUCGUCGCAGUGGAUCGCGUCACUUGCAUGGAGCGUCACAAACCGUCUGACAACACAUUAUGGGCGAGCGAGACAGGGGUUGGCGGUGCUGGGGCCAGCCCGGAGAGCGGCUGCUGCGAGCAGACCGACGCGCUGGCCUCUGCGCGCCUGCUGGGCCGCUGGGCCAGCACCUGGCCCAGUUGACUCAGCCAGGAGCGGGAGAACCAGCUGGCGGCGGCCACCGCCGCGGACCCGGCCAAACAGUCGGCCUCUGACGAAGAGGACCUUCACUGGCCCGACUCGGACUACUUCUCCGCGUCUUCGUCUGACGAUGACGAGAGCGACGGCGACUCCGAGUCCAGCUGCUGUGAACCGGUCGGCUGCGGCUGGCCGCCGGGCUGGCCGCUGCCGGCGCCGCGCUGGUCGCCCCCGCCGCCGGCCAUCACCUUCGGCAGCAGUGCGGCGCUGACGGCCUUCUGCGCCGAGCUGGACCGCCUGCUGGCCCACCAUCUGGCGCAGCAUGACUACGACUGCGUGGACGUGUUCCUGCGCUUCCACAGCGCGCACCAGCGCUGGCAGCAGGCGGGCGCGCCGGGCUCGUUCGAGCGCUGGCGCCAGCAGUUCGAGAUCAGCCCCGAGCCGAACCAUCUGACCUGCGUCGGACUCACUAAGGACAUGCUCGCCAGGGUGGCGGCGCGCGGUGGCACGGUGGCCUCGCAUUUCUACGUGGCCUCGGCUGAGGAGGAGAUAGACGACGUUGAAGAGUACGUCGCCGGCUGCCGGCCUCCGGAGAGGAACGAGAACGACCACUGCCUGAUGGCGUGUCAGGUGCGCGUCAGCGGACGUCGCGGAGUGCUGCUGAUCGACUCGGGCUACCACGUGCCGCGCACUGUGUGCGUCAUGGCUGACAGACUGCCACCGCACACUGGUGAACUGCCGAUGGACUGCCUCUCGGGCCAGCUCACCCACGGCUACGAGCUCUCGCCCAACCACAAGUUCGCCAUCUGCUCCAUCAACCGCACGACAGCCGCCGGCACCACCAGCACCGACCGCACGUGCAUCUUCAUCGGCGGCCACUUCGAGAACCCGUACGCGUUCGCCGAGUACCGGAACAUCUUCCACACGCUGCGCUCGCGGGUGCGCCGCUCGCCGGAGGGCCGGCUGCUGAGCGGGUUCUACUUCUCUCUGCGGCCGGCCGGUCACGGCGCGCCGGCGCUGACCGUGUUCUGGCACGGCACGGACGGCCAGCGGCGCCGCUGUCGGCUGCCGCUCUCGGAGCUGUCGCAGCCCGAGCUGCUGACGGAGCCGCAGCUGGAGGCCCUGCAGGCGGCCGGCAGACAGCUGCGCCUGUCGCCCGACCAGUGGCAGCAAACUGCUGCAGCGGUCGGUGGACGCCCUCAGCGACCGCAAGUUCAUCGACCGUGUGCUGCAGGUCAACGAGCGCAUUCUGUACGAGCUGGGAACGGAUGACCCUCCGUCCGGCUGGCAGCGACCGGACGUCUAGGUGGCGACACCGCUCUCCUCGAGUGGCGGAGCUGCUCGCCGAACUGUAUAGGCGACGCUAAGGCUCGACCCGACGUCUGGAAGCUGUCGUUGCACGGCCUGGCGUCAGGUGGCGUCGGCACUGAGGCUGCUGCGACCCGCGGCAGGGGGCACCACCGAGACGCCUAUUCGUAUGUACCUUCCAGACAAGUGGCCUGACCAAGACAGCCGACCAUUGCCAGAAACUUCAUAUAUCUGACGACUACAUCGGACAAAUGAUCGUGCUUGAUGUGGAUUGAUAAGAGCGAGCGUUCUACAAUCUAAGCGUUAUGCGAUGGAACCAAUCUGAGAGAAGCACACCGACCCACCACCUAGAUCCGUCCUGAAAUUCGACUUUCAUUUGAAACAUAUGGUGAAUGGGAUGCAUGAAAUGCUUGAAGCAUACUUUAAUUCUGCUUGUUAUGUCGCAGAUAUAUACGCAUCAUGCUCUUUACACAUUAAAACACUGAUCGCGCCCUAUGCAUGCAUUACUGCUUUUGUUUAUAUCGCUGUUCAUAUCAGCUUUGGGCAAUGAGUCGUAUUAAAAAUCUCAGUGUCAGAAAAGUAUCUCAAAUUUGCGAAACUAUGCCCGCCCGUUAACGACACAACUACGUAUUAGAAUGUAUUAUUGCCAAUACAGCGAAGUAUAAUAUUAUAAAUGCGAAUGUUGAUUCUCGCAAUAUAUUUUUCCUACGUAAGAUAUUUAUAUACUUUGGUAUAUUUACAGAACUUUAAGCGCGUGAAACCUAUUUUGAUGAUUAGUACCUAUAUGUUUCCGCUUAUCCAAUAAAUAAUUAUGCGAACCAUCCUAAUGCACGUGAUUUUUGCGAAAUAAAUGACGUAUUUAGGCGAAGUCUA